UGACUUUUAUUUUAUUUUUUCGCAUAAAUUGGGGAAGACUUUCUGCCAUUUCUACAUAAACUAUGGUAGUAAUUAUCCUUUGCAAUUUUCCUGACUAAUGGCAGGGUGGGACUGUAUGGAAUAGAUAGGUGCAUGUUAUUCUUAUUUUAUUCGUCGGAAAAGGAAGUAGAAGAAAGCAAAGGCUAAUUUAAUAAUUAGUAGCAGAAAAGGACGAUGUGGUGUGAAGGUCCCGAAGAGAUGGCCUGAAAGCUGACCGGUAGAGGUCGACUCCAGCCUACCUGUCAGACCACCACCACCUCCUCUAUUUCUCGUUUCCUUUCUCUCAAAGCAAACCCACUCUCUCUUGUCCUGUGUUCUCAACAUUAUUUGACACGGGCCAACCCAGACCCAGGCCAAAUGCAUCCCACCACCACCAACGAACCACCGCAAACACUCCUAGACCUAAUAACAGACGUCCUCUCCCUCCUCCUCCUCUCCUCCAUCACCGUCCAAUCCUUCAUCGGACGGUGGCAAGUUCUUCGAACAAAACUCACCUCUCUCCAGUCCUCUCUUUCUUCUCUCUCCGAAUCCCCUCUUUGGUCCCAAAACCCUCUUCUUCACACUCUCCUGCCUUCUCUCCUCUCCACUCUCCAACGCCUCCUCUCCCUCUCCCGCCAAUGCUCCUCUACCAGCUCCUUCCCUGGCGGCAAGCUCCUCUUCCAAAGCGACCUUGACAUCGCCUCCUCUUCCCUCUCCAAUCACAUCCACGACCUUGAUUUACUUCUCAGAUCCGGAGUGCUUCACCACUCUAAUGCUAUUAUUCUGUCUCAGCCAGGUCCCGGUUCCGACAAAGAGGACUUGGUUUUUUUUAUCCACGAUCUUUUCACCAGAUUACAAGUCGGUGGCGUGGAGUUUAAGAGGAAAGCGUUGGAGUCACUCCUUCAGAUUCUGAACACAGACAAAAAAUCAGCCAGUUUAGUUGCUAAGGAAGGAAAUGUUGGGUAUUUGACCGGUUUGCUCGAUUUUAACGAUCAGCCGUUGAUUCGAGAACAAGCUGUUUCGGCCGUGUCAAUACUGGCUGCGUCCAACGAUGAAUCAAGAAAGAUUAUAUUCGAGGAGGGUGGAUUGGGACAUUUGUUGAGGGUUCUUGAAACAGGGUCAAUGCCUUUAAAAGAAAAGGCUGCCAUUGCGAUUGAAGCAAUCACCGGCGAUCCUGACAAUGGGUGGGCUAUUUCGGCAUAUGGUGGUGUUUCAGUGCUGAUUGAAGCUUGCCGUUGUGGAUCACAAGUGACACAAACACACGCAGCGGGUGCCAUUCGAAAUGUUGCAGGAGUAGAGGACAUCAAGAUGGCUUUAGCAGAGGAAGGUGUUGUUCCGGUCAUUAUUCAUUUGAUUGUUUCAGGUUCAAGUGCUGCACAAGAAAAGGCGGCUAAUACCAUAGCAAUACUAGCCUCUUCCGGGGGGUAUUUUCGCGAUUUGAUAAUACAAGAGAAGGGGUUGCAGAGAUUAAUGCAUUUGAUUCAAGAUUUGUCAAGUUCAGAUACAAUAGAACAUGUUCUACGUGCAUUUAGCUCUCUCUCGGUCUCAGAUUCCACAGUUCAGGUUCUUUCAUCAUCAACUGCUCUAAUCAUCCAUCUCGGCGAGUUUAUAAAACAUGGAAACAUGACUUUGCAGCAAAUUUCAGCAUCUUUACUAGCUAAUUUAUCCAUUAGUGAUCGCAACAAGCGGGCUGUAGCUAGCUGCAUGGGUUCAUUGGUAAAGCUGAUGGAGUCACCGAAGCCCGUGGGUCUACAAGAGGCAGGAGCGCUUGCGUUGGUGUCAUUGUUGACAGCCCGAUCGAACAAGAAAGAAUUGGUGAGGGAUGAAAAGAGUUUGAUGAAGCUGGUGCAGAUGUUGGAUCCAAAGUAUGAGCUUAUUAACAAGAAGUUUCCGUUGAUGCUCGUGAAUGCAUUAUUGAGUGGACGGAGCGGUGGGUGUAGGAAGAGGCUGUUGGAUGCCGGAGCUUGCCAGCAUCUACAGAAGCUGGCGGAGAUGGAGGUUUCCGGUGCUAAGAAAGCAUUGCAGAGACUUUCUGGGAUUAGUCUCAAGAGCAUGUUCUCUAGGACUUGGAGGGAAUAAACACAAAAGUAACUAACCUUCCCCGCCAAACAAAAAGGAGUCUUUGUAACUGUUCAAGGAGAAAAUCACUUCGGUGGACGGACAAGCAUUAGACCCCCACGCACAUGGUAAACCCCAGCCUUUAUUUAUUUAUUUUCACUUUAUACACAAUUCUUAUGACCCUCCAUCUAUAAAAUAUUUAUAAGCGUUAUUUACAGAAAUAUACAAUAAUAGUAUUGUUUGACAAAAGCAUAGGUGGAUGCGGUUUUUACGGAGUAUCCUCCAUUGCUUCUUUUUGUUUUUAGGGUGUGUUUGUUUACAGUGAAAAAACAUGUGUUACAUGUUUUAUGUGAGCAAACACUCCCUUAAUCUUAUUAAUUGAUCUACUCAUGUAAUAUUUUUUUUAUAAUGCUUGUGUGUUUUUAUCUCCGUUGCCUGUAUUUUGCACAGAAAGUGUACAAUGUGUUGUUUGUUGUGCUAUUUACCAAAAUAUAUAGAAAUCUCUUCGAUUUUCCCUUUGUU